AUUUAAGAACACGGUCUAGACUUUAGUGAGAGGAGCUCCACAAUGAUUAUCCUUCUCUUCUGCAUAUUCGCUUUACUGUUAUCGCCAGUUGCGACGAGUAGCAUUGUUGAUGAAAGUCGAGAAAGGCGACAAGCAGGAUUUGGAAUGACAGGAGCAGGUGGACAAGGACAACGACCGCCACCACCGCCACCUGGACAGGGCAUGCGACCGGGACAGCAAUGGGGAAUGGGACCGCAAUGGUCUGGACAGGGCAUGCGACCGGGACAGCAAUGGGGACAAGGAAUGGGACCGGGGCAGCAGUGGUUAGGACAAGGCAUGGGAUAUGGAGGAAUGAGAUCUGGAAUGGGUUGGGGAUAAAGAACGCAAAAGCUUUGUACUUUGUGCGAUAGCUUCGGCACGGCAAUAAACCUUUC